UAUACCUGUUUGUCAUGCAAUGAAACCGGUUUGUGCUAAUCCGGAUUCAAUUGUAAAAUUUGCCGCUUUCAUCCCACGGAUCACGUGACCAGGGAUAAUAAAGACGGGAACGACAAGAACGUGAGAACACCACGAUGGAGCAGCCAGUUACCUCCCCUGGUCAAGUGACUGUGACUACAUCCCAGCCUGUUCAAGGUGGCUACCCUAUCGGCCCCCCUCCCCCAAUCAACCAGACCACGGUGAUAGUCCAGCAGCCCGGGACCAUGAUGAGGGACAUGGGACCUCGAGUGUGGAGCUCCGACCUAUGCUCAUGUUUCGAUGACAUCGGCUCAUGCUUGCUGGGGGCAGUGUGUCCUCUAGCCCUGGCCUGCCAGGUGUCUGGGCAGCUGGGGGAGUCCGCCUGCGUCCCAUGCUGUGUACCUGGGGCACUCGUCGUCCUUAGGACCAAGCUACGAAUCGAGCAGAACAUACAGGGAACUGUGAUGGAUGAUUGUUGCAUGACAACGUUUUGCGGCCCAUGUGCUUUGUGUCAGAUGUCACGUGAGAUGGACUACAUCCGGAACAUGCAACAGUGAGGUCAAGGUCAAGUUUCGAAGACAGGACCCUCCACUCACGAUGGAUAUGACCUUCUAAUGACCUACAGCUCGUCUUUAAGAGAAGCAAUCUCAUUUAAAUCACUUAACAUUUAUUGCAAUCAUGUGUACCUCUGUCUACAUUAUGACCCACGUUGCCAGUGAAAGUGCUGAUAUGAAUGGAAACAGUCCAUGCUGUGGGAAAGGAACGGUGACGUCAAAUGAAUGUAAAUACUCAGUUACCAUCUGUAGUCAACUGAGCAGGACUCUAAACUGUCCUCCAGAUCUAUAAUAGAUCUGAUAAGUAAAGGGACCAUUUUAAACUUUUAUAUUAGGUUAGGGAGAUUUUGUUAUCUUUACUUUCUGUGUAUAGAUAUUUCUUACUUUGGGAGAGGAUAUAUAUUCAAGCAUUACAUUAUAACCAAGAGCCUUGACACAUAGCUUACACCUAGACAGAAGGUCAGUGUAUGCUCUACUAAUAGUUUCACUGAAACGUUUAUCUCUUUUUAUCAUUGAUAGACAUUCUUUUAUGUUCUACAUUAUGCUGUGACUUAUUUGCCGUUUAACGAGCAGCCCUCUAUCCCUCCGAAAACAACUUCCCUAUGUACAUUGCAUUGUGUCUUGUAUCUGAUGCUAUAAGCAUGUACAUUGCAUUGUGUCUUGUAUCUGAUGCUAUAACCAUGUACAUUGCAUUGUGUCUUGUAUCUGAUGCUAUAACCAUGUACAUUGCAUUGUCUUGUACGUGAUGCUAUAAGCAUGUACAUUGCAUUGUGUCUUGUAUGUGAUGCUAUAACCAUGUACAUUGCAUUGUGUCUUGUACGUGAUGCUACAACCAUGUACAUUGCAUUGUGUCUUGUACGUGAUGCUACAACCAUGUACCUGUAUUGUGUCUUGUACGUGAUGCUAUAACCAUGUACCUGUAUUGUGUCUUGUACGUGAUGCUAUAACCAUGUACAUUGCAUUGUGUCUUGUACGUGAUGCUAUAACCAUGUACAUUGCAUUGUGUCUUGUACGUGAUGCUGUAGCCAUGUACACGCAUUGUGUCUUGUACGUGAUGCUAUAACCAUGUACAUUGCAUUGUGUCUUGUAUGUGAUGCUAUAACCAUGUACAUUGCAUUGUGUCUUGUAUGUGAUGCUGUAGCCAUGUACACGCAUUGUGUCUUGUACGUGAUGCUACAGCCAUGUACAUUGCAUUGUGUCUUGUACGUGAUGCUGUAGCCAUGUACCUUGCAUUGUGUCUUGUAUGUGAUGCUAUAACCAUGUACAUUGCAUUGUGUCUUGUAUGUGAUGCUAUAACCAUGUACCUUGCAUUGUGUCUUGUAUGUGAUGCUAUAACCAUGUACCUUGCAUUGUGUCUUGUAUGUGAUGCUAUAACCAUGUACAUUGCAUUGUGUCUUGUAUGUGAUGCUAUAACCAUGUACAUUGCAUUGUGUCUUGUACGAGAUGCUAUAGCCAUGUACAUUGCAUUGUCUUGUACGUGAUGCUAUAACCAUGUACCUUGCAUUGUGUCUUGUACGUGAUGCUAUAGCCAUGUACAUUGCAUUGUCUUGUACGUGAUGCUAUAACCAUGUACCUUGCAUUGUGUCUUGUACGUGAUGCUAUAGCCAUGUACAUUGCAUUGUCUUGUACGUGAUGCUAUAACCAUGUACAUUGCAUUGUGUCUUGUAUGUGAUGCUUUAGCCAUGUACAUUGCAUUGUGUCUUGUAUGUGAUGCUAUAGCCAUGUACAUUGCAUUGUCUUGUACGUGAUGCUAUAACCAUGUACCUUGCAUUGUGUCUUGUACGUGAUGCUAUAGCCAUGUACAUUGCAUUGUCUUGUACGUGAUGCUAUAACCAUGUACCUUGCAUUGUGUCUUGUACGUGAUGCUAUAGCCAUGUACAUUGCAUUGUCUUGUAUGUGAUGCUAUAACCAUGUACAUUGCAUUGUGUCUUGUAUGUGAUGCUUUAGCCAUGUACAUUGCAUUGUGUCUUGUACGUGAUGCUAUAGCCAUGUACAUU